GUCCUGCCCUGAGCUGGACAGUACCUCCCUCCUCUGUGCCAGGACGCCGUCAGGACAGGCAGCAGACGAGCCUCCAACAUGAACGACAUCUACAAGGCAGCGGUUGAGCAGCUGACAGAUGAACAGAAAAAUGAGUUCAAAGCUGCCUUUGACAUCUUUGUACAAGAUGCUGAGGACGGCUGCAUCAGCACCAAGGAGCUGGGGAAGGUGAUGAGGAUGCUGGGUCAGAACCCCACACCGGAGGAGCUGCAGGAAAUGAUUGACGAGGUGGAUGAAGAUGGGAGUGGGACGGUGGACUUUGACGAGUUCCUGGUCAUGAUGGUGAGGUGCAUGAAGGACGACAGCAAAGGGAAGUCAGAGGAAGAACUGGCAGAGCUGUUUCGCAUGUUUGACAAGAACGCAGAUGGUUACAUUGACCUGGAUGAGCUGAAAAUGAUGCUGGAGUCUACAGGAGAGGCGAUUACCGAGGACGACAUCGAGGAGCUGAUGAAAGACGGGGACAAGAACAAUGACGGCAAAAUUGACUAUGAUGAGUUCUUGGAGUUCAUGAAAGGAGUGGAGUAAUCCCGAACAGGACAAGAUCCAGAUUGUUAUUUUUGUAUUUCUGUGUGACUCCACGGUCAUCUGCGGAAAACCAGACGCUGAUUUGGAUGAUAGAAACAAAGGAACGACUUUGCAAGAUUCAGUCGAAUACUUUAGCUGAAUGUUUCUGUAUUUUUCUACCAUCUCUUGCAUUGUUGUAAAUACAGUUUGUAACUACUUUUUGGUGCCCGUGUAUACAGAAUUUGUGUAAAUGUAUCCAAAUUACUUAUAUUUUCUACAGAGGCCACAUAGUGUAUCAGUUUGGUUGCUCGAAAUAUCAAUUUUGUGUUUGUUUCUGACUGAAUCUCAUCUCUGAAGUGCCACAGCCAGUAUACAAAUCUUCUUAGCUGGGCAGAAAAUGUAUGUGUGCACAGAGCAGAACAUAUUCAUGAGUCAACAUAGUUUUACACCAGGCUCCGGUGCAAUAAACACUUUUAGAGCAAUCUAUUGGAUCCAGUUUGUAUGCUGUGCAUGUUCUGAUGUGUACGCAGUGUACAUUUCUGUAUGUUUAAGACACUCAGGACUUUUUAUGCCUAUCUCUUCAUGCCCCUGCAACGCCUGCACAUUUUUACAUGAAAAGUCUGUUUGGAAUGUGCACUCAUGUAAUAAACAAGAUGCAUUUGUCA